GUUGAAAAGAAACUUGCUCACUCUAUUCCUAGUAUCAUCAUGAUAAGUAGUCUAAGUCUAAGGAUCUGGAACCCGUUUUCGUUUUCUUAAGACACAGUCGUGACUUUGCCUUCGCGUGGAGCGUAUAUACAGUAAUUUAUAAUUGUUGUAUCGCCGUUACCAGUUUCGUAUAUUUUGAUCCUGAAUUGAUAUCCAACGAUUUUUAUGCUUUGAAAUAAAAAAUAAAAUAUUAAAUCGAUAAAAAUGAAUCAAGUCUGGAACUGAGAAUUCGAAAAUUCUGGACUAUAGACUAUUAUUUUUAAUUUGUGUGAUUAAAAAUGACUUUAAUGGUCUCAAUUCUACUUGAAUCGAUCUUGAUUGGAUCGAUUUUUGCCACGUCGGAUCCUAUCGUUCAGAUAAAAAAUGGUACGAUCCAAGGUUCUUUUAUGAAAAGCAGAAAAGGAAAAGAAUUUGCUGCUUUUAGAGGAAUACCUUACGCACUUCCUCCAUUGGGAGAAUUACGGUUUGAGCCACCAAAACCAGCAGCUUCUUGGACCACAGUAUUGUCUGCCAAAACAGAUCCAAAUAUAUGCACUCAACGAAAUAUUUACACUCAUCAAGAAGAGGUUGUUGGAGAUGAAGAUUGUUUAUAUCUUAAUGUUUAUACACCCCAAUUAUCAUCUUCGAAUUUAGAUUCCAAAAACCAUAAAAAAUAUCCGGUUAUGAUAUGGUUUCAUGGAGGUGGUUGGGUGACUGGAGCUGGAAAUUUGGACUUUUAUGGUCCCAAAUUUCUACUAGAUCAUGAAGUCAUCCUGGUUACGGUUAAUUUCAGACUGGGCCCGUUAGGUUUUUUGAGUACGGAAGAUUUAAUAAUCCCUGGAAACCAAGGAAUGAAAGAUCAAGCACAGUCGAUCAGAUGGGUACAUGAAAAUAUUGUUGAAUUUGGAGGGGAUCCUAAUAAAGUAACUUUAUUUGGCGAAAGUGCAGGAGGCGUAAGCACACAUUAUCACAUGAUAAGUCCACUUUCCAAAGGUCUUUUCCAUCGAGGAAUUUCCCAAAGUGGAACAGCCCUAUGUCCAUGGGGAUUGGCAAGGCCAGGGUUAGCUAAAAAACAGGCUGAAAAAUUAGGCCAAAUUUUGAAAUGUCCAACGAGUGAUUCGAAAGAAUUGCUAAAAUGUUUGAAAAACAAAAAUAAUAUCGAUAUUAUAGCUACUGAUCGAGCUUUUCAGGUUUACGACUAUUGCCCAAUGAUCCCGUUUCGGCCAGUCAUAGAACCUGACCAUCCAGGAGCAUUUUUAAAAGAAGAUCCAGCAAUUUCUUUAAAAAGUGGAAGAAUUUCUGAUUUACCAUGGAUGACUGGAAUUACAUCACACGAGGGUGCUAUCAAAGUUGCUACUAUUUAUGGGUUCCGCGAUGGUCAAUUAGUAAAAGAUCUGAAUGAAAAUUGGGAGUCAAUCGCACCUCUGAGUUUACUUUAUGAAGACUAUUGUCCUGAUGAUAAAAUGAAAAAUGUAACGAAGAAAAUUCGAGAAUUUUAUUUGGGCGACAAACCUGUUGAUGAAUCCAGCAGAUUUGAUGUCAUCGACAUGUACACAGAUGCAUGGUUCUACAUCGCAGCUGACAAUGCUGUAAGAGAACAUCUCGAUAUUUUAUCAGCGCCAGUUUAUUAUUAUUAUUUCGCAUAUCGAGGAAGUGUAUCUUUUAGUAAAAUAUUUGGUGACGAAGUAAACGAUUAUGGAGUAUCGCAUGCUGAUGAUCUUCAAUAUUUGUUCCCAGUUGGUGAACAAUUAUUUCAGGAUACACCUUUGAGUGAAGAAGAUAAUAAAAUCAUCGAUGUUAUGACUAGUCUCUGGGUUAAUUUUGCAGAUUCAGGGAAUCCCACCCCAGAAGUUACGCAGGAAGUUCCAGUAAAGUGGAAACCAGUCAGAACUCAUGCGCUUGAGUAUCUCCAUAUAGGAAGUUCUAAGGAGAUUUAUAUGGAUCGGAAUUUACUUUCCGAAAGAGUAGAAUUUUGGGAUACUCUACCCUAUCGCAAAGAGAUUUUUGUUUUAAACAAAAAUCAUGGGUUUAAGGAUGAAUUAUGAAUUUUGUAUAAUUUUCUAAAGUUCGUAAACAUAGUUUAAUACAAAUGUACAAUUGCUUUUAGCUUAAUUUAAAUUAUAACUUUUUUGACAGAAAUUACUGAUAUUCCGACAAUUGUAAAUAUAAUAGUCAAUUUCUCUAUAUUUUUUUAUGAAUAUGUGAACAUG